AUGUCAAUGGCUUUGCCACGUUAUUUGAAAUAUUUAUCAUUAAUUGUGAUGUUUAUUGCUGUUCUUUACAAAUAUGAGAUUCCAUCAGGUUCAUCAACUGAUAAAAAAACUUUGAUGCUAACUAAAGUAGCAACGGUUCCGUAUGAUCGAGCUCAUGUAUAUCAAGUUAUAACAAAUAUAAAUAAAUAUGCAUCGUGGUAUCCAAAUGUGGCCCGUGUUGAACAUAUUCAAUUGGUUUCAUCGCAUGUACUUAAUCAUGAAGGUGAAAAAUAUCGAUUAAUUACAAGAUUACCAAUACUUGGCGAAAUAUCAUCAUCUUUAAUUAUACAUACAGAUGAUAGACCCAAAAAAUUUAUUUAUUCUGUUGAUACGUGGUUACUGGAAAUAAAUUCAAUUGAAUUAAAAGACAGUUUAACAAGUUCGAAUGCAACUCGCAUUGAAUGGACAGUUCAUACACGACGACGUAGCAUUCUUUUUCAAUAUGUUCUUUUACCAUUUGCCAAUUUUUAUAAAAACCAAAUCGUUCGUGAAGCAUUAUUUUCAUUAAUAAUGCAAAUUCGUGAUCUUUAA